AUGCCCUACGAUGCCUUCGAUACAUCCUCCUUGGUCAUUCUUGACUCGACCCCUUCGACGCAAGCCAAAAUUUUUCGCAGGAGGCACGGUGUUGGCGGUGAUGAGACAGAAAUGAGGGCAAACCUAGAAGUCUCGUUGAAAGUUGGUCAAUUUGAACGAGCUGCCUCAUUAAUCAACCGUCUUGGCCACUACCAUCCGGUCGGUUCGCAGGAGUACCUGAACCUACACAACCGCUAUCUGAAGGAAAUGGUGUCGUACAUGAUCCUCAAUCGGGCACAGGAAAUGGUCCUCCCUCUACAGAAAUGGUUUGAGGUGGAUAUGCCGGCCGGUGGUGUGACACCCAAUGAAGAGACGUUUGCAAUCAUGCUCCACAUGGCUAUACGCAUGCUUCACGGAACGAAGCGGGAGAGAACAGUCCGUCGUUAUUGGGAGCUUGCCCAAAAGGCGGGGCUAGAGGAGGAAAUCGUUGGUUUGGAGGUACUGGAGGACUCAGACGUUGGGGAGCUAUCGAGGAUUUGUUCCUCCGACAUGCUGGACUUGGUGUCUCAAUACAUGAGAAUGGAUGGGUCCUUAAAUGCCCUAGAUGAAUCCCAGUUUGAGCGCGUACCUGCUGCCAUGGACGAUGCCCCAGUGAUUCAGUCCGUCGAUCAAAAGGGACUCGGAAUGUCAUCCCUCAAAGAGUCUCUCUCCCUCUUUGCAGACCAUUCUGAAAUCCAGUUGCCGUCAAAUUUCGAAGGCACCGAAGAAGAGGCCCGGACGCUACGCAACGAAAUAAGACAAAAAAGACUGGAAGCCGAUGGUAUCGAGUCAGCACUUGCUCGUUGGCGUACAGAGAACGCGAAGAGGCAAAAAGCAGGCUUGAACGCCUCUUCGGAUGAAAAGAAAUUAAACUCUGUCUUGAGUCAAUGGCACACGGAUCUCGUGGCAAGAAUCAAAAGAGAGUUGGAGCUUGUGGAGGAGGCGCUUGCGAACCCCAUCACGAGCAUCGAGCAGCGGGAUCGUUGUGAUUAUGGCGUAUAUCUCCAGUCUCUCGAUGCUGAUAGAUUAGCUGCACUCACCAUCAUCACGGUCAUGUCCGUGUUCAGUCGCACGGGAAUGGACAAGGGAAUCAAACUUUCUGCUAUCGCUACAACUCUUGGAAAAGAAUUCCAAGAUGAAUUGAUUGCCAAAAGCGUCAUCACGAAAAACAAGGGUGUAAACCCUAGCCGUCUCAAGGCCCUGAAGGAGACUCUUGCAAACCGCAAGACCAAGGAUGGCCGUAUGCGAUGGAAGUCGCUUGUCGACAAAGCCAAUGAGGAAGAUUCACAUGUUCACUGGGGCUCCCGUGUACAAGUCAGAGUCGGUGCGAGUCUUAUGAGCAUGCUAUUCGAUGUCGGUAAAAUCUCUGUUUGGGUUGAGGACCCCGUUACCAAGAAGAAGGUCUGUACCAUGCCACCGGCCUUCCAACAUGCUUAUCAAAUUCACUACGGAAAACGCUCGGGUCUUAUCCAUGUGCACCCUGAAAUUGUCAGAAUUGUUACAAAAGAGCCUCCUUCCGAAUUGUUGGCCCGCCACCUCCCAAUGGUCACCAAACCGAAGCCUUGGACUGGACCAAGGAAUGGCGGAUACAAAGUUUAUGAAAGCAGCCUGGUGCGCAGUACUGCCGGCGAAAUUCUGCAACCGGCUUACAUCAAAGCCGCUAUGAAGGAUGAUGGCAUGAAAGAGAUUCGAGCUGGCCUUGAUGUUCUUGGAGCUACUGGCUGGAGGAUCAAUCGGUCCGUUUUCGACGUAAUGGUUCAAGCUUGGAAUACUGGAGAAGCCGUGGGGAAAAUCGCCCCCCUGGACCCAGACCUGCCGAUUCCUCCGCAGCCAAGUUCAGAUGCCGACCUUGCGGAGCAGCACCAAUGGAGUCGAAAGUUGCGAGAAAUUGAGAACCUUCGCUCUGGAUACCACUCUAUUCGCUGUUUCCAGAACUUCCAGCUCGAGAUCGCGAGAGCCUACCGCAACGAGGUUUUCUUCCUACCCCAUAACAUGGAUUUCCGCGGCAGAGCGUACCCUCUUCCUCCCUAUUUGAACCAGAUGGGAGCUGACAAUUGCAGAGGGUUGCUGCUUUUCGACACAGGAAAAGAACUUGGUGUAAGUGGCUUGCGCUGGUUGAAGAUUCAGAUUGCAAACUUGAGUGGCUUUGAUAAGGCAAGUAUGUCUGAACGGGAGCAAUACACCAUGGACAAAUUGGACGAUAUCCUCGACUCGGCCAACAACGGUCUGAAUGGACGCAAGUGGUGGCUUAAGGCUGAGGAUCCAUGGCAAUGUUUGGCCGCUUGUAUGGAAUUGCGCAAUGCCUUACAACUGCCCGAUCCCACUACAUAUGUGUCUCAUCUUCCCAUCCACCAAGAUGGCUCGUGCAAUGGUCUUCAGCACUACGCUGCCCUGGGUGGCGAUAAGGCCGGUGCCCAACAGGUCAACCUUGAGCCCUCUGAUCGCCCAUCAGAUGUUUAUUCCGGUGUGUGUGACUUUGUCAACGAAAGCAUUACGCAGGACGCAGCCAAUGGCAAUGGCCUAGCCAAGGUUCUCGAUGGAAGAGUGACCAGAAAGAUUGUGAAGCAGACGGUCAUGACCAAUGUCUAUGGUGUGACCUUCAUGGGAGCGACAAGACAAGUCAAAAAGCAGCUUGUCGACUAUCUACCAGACCUCUCCAGCAUAGAGAGGGUGUCGGCGUCUGUCUACAUCGCCCAGAAAAUUUUCGGCGCUCUUGGCACCAUGUUCAACGGAGCUCACGAUAUUCAGUAUUGGCUUGGUGACUCUGCACUCCGCAUUACACAGUCCUUAACACCGGAGCAAAUCGAGCAACUCACCGAACAAGCGUUGACACACCAGGCCACUCACCGCUCCGCUCUUCCGAGAUCCCUCGAUCCCGAAAAAUCAUUCCAGUCGACUGUCAUCUGGACCACUCCGCUGGGUCUUCCAGUCGUUCAACCAUACCGGACUCGCAAGGCUCGCCGCGUGCAAACUACUUUGCAAGAAAUCAGUAUCAUGGAUCCUAGUGCCGAUGACAUUGUGUCGAAGCGCAAGCAGCUCCAGGCUUUCCCACCUAACUUCAUUCAUUCCCUGGACGCCACGCACAUGAUCUUGUCCGCCAACGCAUGCCACGAAGCAGGCCUGACAUUCUCCGCUGUCCAUGAUUCCUUCUGGACCCAUGCCGGUGAUGUCGACCAGAUGAAUGAAAUCCUCCGAGAUGCCUUUGUUCGCAUGCAUAGCGACGAUAUUAUCGGGCGCCUCGCAGCUGAGUUCAAGGUGCGAUAUGGUAAGAAUUUGUUCCUUGCCCGAAUCCCCCUGGCCAGCAAGCAUGGCAAGGCAGUCCGCGCUCUGCGCAAGGGGGGAAAGAGCUCAAAGCUCGCCGAGCUGAUUCAAGAGCAACGACGACAGAAUCUUCUCAACUCGGAAGAUCCCGAAGACCAAGCGGAGGGUCGUGCUAUGGUCACAGCCGCCAGUGUCUUUGAAGGAAUGGGUGGCACAGAUGCAGACCUGUCCAUGACCAAAUCUUUGGGUGCGACCGCAAUGGGCCACGUGCCAGAGAAUCUUGAAUCCGCGGAACGUGCGCCCAUGGCAGAUGGAAUCGAUACCUCCGAUCCGGCCAUCCAGGGCCUGCUGGGAAACAUGGAUUUGCCCGACGGGAAGCUACUUGACGAUGAACCAGAACCUGUGGAUGAAACCGAGAAGGCUCCCACCAAGAGAGGAUCGCGCUCGGCGACCACUUGGAUGUGGGUUCCGCUGAAGUUCCGCCCAGUCCCUGCCAAGGGAGACUGGGAUCUGACUCGCAUUCGCAAGAGUGAAUACUUCUUCUCUUGA